ACUAGGUUGGAGGGGGCCGAAGUGGAUGUGGUUUGGCGCAACAACUAUAUCUCACUUAUUGUGAGUUAGAAGGUGUGCUUGCCUUCGAAACUCCUUCAACUUGUUCGGCCCACCACACAAGUUCCUUUUCCUCGCGACCGCCUCUCUGGAGUAUGUGGGUUCCUUCACCCACGAGAUGGUCCCUAUCGGCCGACCUCUCGACAGCGACCUCUCACCCGUCACCCUUGCCACGACGGUUCGCCCACCCGGACAACCACUCGGCCUAUAUAAAAAGUUCACCCUGAUACAGAAGACAACAAAGAAAAGGAGAAGAAGAAGCUCAAGCUGGCUAGACAACACGAAGAGAUGCAACAAGCGAAGGUGAAGGUGAAGGACGGCUCGAGCGCGCUGAGGGCCAAGCCGAAGAUCGCGUGGGCCAAGCUGGCGGAGAAGGUGGAGGCGGCGACUUCGAGGUCGCACGACGAGCGGAAGCUGGCGCACGAGCGCGGCAGGGCCAAGGUCGCCGCGGCCGAGGCGCAGCUGCACAGGGAGAAGGUCGCGCACCGGGAGGCGGCCAUGGAGCACCGCCUCCACAAGCACGCCGGCGUGGGCGGCCACAACCACAAGCACGGCGCCGAUGGCGUGCACUGAGGCGCGGCCCAUCUAGGGAGCCUGCCACCGUGUGAUUUCUCCUAUUCUUUUUACUGAUGUAUAUCUGUUACAUACGCGUGUGGUGGUUAUUUGGUCAAGUUCUAUCUAGAGUGCCAUGUGAAUUGUUGACGUUAUCGACGUUUUUAUGAUUGACUAACUAAGAAACGAUUUUUUUAAUUUUCUUGCUGUA